GUGAAAUCCCUGAUAACCAGAACACUCACAAAACUAAAGGCUCCAGGAGGAAACAUAUUUUGUCAGUGAAAUAGCAACCUCAGGACACUUUUUUAAAGUAAUGGGGAUGUUAGAUAUCUUUCUCCAGUCCUCCAGCUCUAUCUCCCUGUUGGGGGGUCUUGUGGUCCUGCUACUCGUCUACCUCAUCUGCUCCUCCAGCUUCAGCUCAAAGGAAGACAGAAAAGAACCUCCAGGACCCAAACCAUUUCCCCUAAUUGGGAACCUGCUGCAGCUUGAUCUCAAGAGACCCUACAACACAUUACUGAAGCUUUCCAAGACAUAUGGAUCAGUGUUCACUGUGUAUUUGGGACCCCAAAAAGUGGUGGUCCUGGCUGGGUACAAGACAGUGAAAGAGGCACUUGUCAACUAUGCUGAUGAGUUUGGUGAAAGAGAUCCAAUGUUAAUAAUGCAGGAAUCUAAUCAAGGACAUGGGGUUUUAUGGUCCAAUGGUGAUUCGUGGAAAGAGAUGAGGCGCUUUGCUUUGACUAACCUGAGAGACUUUGGGAUGGGCAAGAAGGCGAGUGAGGACAAAAUCAUUGAGGAAUGUGACCACCUCAUUGAAGUGUUCAAGACAUAUAAAGGUGAAGCUUUUGAUACAACCCAACCAAUAAACUAUGCAGUCUCUAAUAUUAUCUGCUCCAUUGUUUAUGGCAGCAGAUUUGAAUAUGAUGAUCCAGAGUUUACAUCCCUGGUUGAUCGAACCAACAGAAACAUUCAACUUGGGGGCUCCCCAUCAGUACAGUUGUAUAACAUGUUUCCAUGGAUCGGUAAAUGGUUUGGUGGGAAGAAGGAAAUGGAGACAAUAUUUGCUGUCAACAAGAAACAUAACUUACAGCUGUUCAGUCGUUUGAAAGAGACCCUCAAUCCACAGAUGUGCAGAGGCUUUGUGGAUGCCUUUCUGGUCCGAAAGCUAAAUCUGGAGGAAUCUGGGAUUGCCAACAGUUACUUCCACGAACGCAACCUUAUGCAGACAGUUAUUAAUCUUUUCGGGGCUGGUACUGACACAACAGCAACUACUCUGAGAUGGGGACUUCUGUUCAUGGCCAAGAAUCCAAAAAUACAAGACCAGGUCCAAGAGGAGCUGAGCAGGGAGAUAGGAAGUCGUCAAGUGCAGGUUGAGGACAGGAAGAACCUGCCCUUCACCGACGCUGUCAUCCAUGAGACACAGAGACUGGCCAGCAUCCUCCCGAUAGCAGUGCCUCACAAAACGAGCCAAGACAUCACCUUCCAGGGUCACUUCAUUAAGAAGGGUACAACGGUAUUUCCUCUCUUAACAUCUGUCCUGUAUGAUGAGAGCGAGUGGGAGAGGCCACACAGCUUUUAUCCUGCUCACUUUUUGGAUAAAGAUGGGAAGUUUUUCAAGAGAGAAGCCUUCAUGCCGUUUUCUGCAGGUCGCAGGGUUUGUCUCGGAGAGGGUCUGGCCAGGAUGGAGCUCUUCAUCUUCUUCACCACCCUGCUGCAGCACUUUCGUUUCACUCCUCCUCCUGGAGUUUCAGAGGAUGAACUGGAUCUGACUCCACGUGUGGGCUUUACCCUCAACCCUUCACCCCAUAAACUGUGUGCUGUUUCCUGUAUGUGAGCAGUAGGGCUUGGAAAUGCUGCUUGGCCCACUUUUUUGACUUCAUCUCACUUUAAGAUAGUAGAUUUUCAUUUGUACAGCAUUAUAUUCCAUGUAGUGCAACAGCACUGAACAUGUUCAAUUUUAAUGAUGCAAUUAACAGAACUUUCAUUUCAUCAAAGAUUUGUAGUAACUAACUGAGAUAAGUAGAUAAGUAACUAACUGCAGAUCAGUAACCUGAUGAUGCACCAGAUGAUGUGUUACACAGAACCAUCUGAGAAGCCAUCAUUGGAAACGGUUUGGAAAAGGGCAGGCACUUAAGAAAAUAUCUGGCACGUGAUUGGAUAUACCAUCGGUCUAUAACAUCUGCCAUUGUGUUUUUCACUAAACAGUCUCAGGCAUCACAUACUGUACACCUAAACCACAGCCCGUAGCUACCAGUAGCUCCAUACCGGAAGCUGAUUGGUUCGAUAAGCUGGUAGUUGAGACACAAAUGCAUUACUUGAAGCCUGAAAAGAUGGAGUUUCAUGUGAUCUUGUGAUACCGCGACUAUCUAGCUGCAUUCAAGGUCAGCCAAUCAGACCAGGUAGAUGGUAUUCUCUACAUGCAUUGGCAUCUCUAACUAUCCUGAUAUUAAAAGUUUACAUGGUAUCCAUAUUACUCUUGCUGAGCCACAUACAUACUUGGGAAUUUGGCUUGACAGCAGACUGACAUUGAAGAUUCAUAUUCAAACUGGAGCCAAAGUUGUUAUCAAAUCAGGCCUUCCAUACAGAAUUAAAGGGGGUCCGUCUGUCUGGGGUCUGAAACCUAAAAAGCUUCCUCAUAAAGUGUGUGCUGUCCCCCGUACAUUAGUGCUUUACAUUUUUUAAAAGUAGUGAAAAUGUUCAACACCACUGAAAAUGUUUGUUGAAUGUUUGCUUUAGAAGUGCUGUUCCAGCAAUGGACCUCCUUCAUUAGCUACUUACUAUGCAUGUCUGCAGAGCACAAUCAUCUUGAAACUAUUACAAAAAGGCUUUCUUGUAAAUAGCAAAAUAGAAAUGUAAUAUUUUCAUGUGCACAAUAAACCUCAAGAUAUUUGAA